AUGGCUGAUGGUUUUGAACCUUACCAUGUCCCACAACAAAGCAGAAGAGAGAAGCUAAGAGUUUUGUCUCAGAAUCAAACCGGUUUUGUUGAAUCCACCCUUAACUUUCAUCACAGUUGUGUAACUUUAACCCCUCUCUACGAUCCUUCACUGUUUUCCUCUGAUUUGUUAUCUUGUGCAAACCAACAAGGUCACGGGUUUCACAGUAACCAGAACAACGUUCCUAUUUCUGCUAGCAACGAAGCUUGCAAAGCAAACAAGGGUUGUGCUUUGAAGGAAGAAGGAUACAAUUUGAUGAUGGGGUUUUCAGGUGGAGGAGGUGUUGUGAAUGGUUCUUCUUCUUCUUCGUCUUCUUCGGUUUCACACCAUGCUUACUUGGAUCCAGGUGCUGCAAUUCAAGUUAUUAAUAGUAACCCUUUUCUGUACCAGGCUCAAAGCCUUCAGAACCUUCGGGAAUUUGAUCAGAGUUACAAUGAUGGUAGUGAGAUAAUGGUGUUCAAGCCUGAACCAUUGUCUUUGUCUUUGUCAUCCCAUAACAACAAUCGUAACCCAUUGGAGCUUAAUCUUCAGCGAUAUGGGUCUGUUAUUUAUGGUGAUAAGGUUGGUGGUGGUGGUGGUGGCUGUGUUAUUCCGGGUUUGGUUGGAGGAGGUAAUGUUUCUGUUUCAAAUGAAGUUUCGGUGAAUUCAGUUCCUCUUGGACCGUUUACGGGUUAUGCUUCAAUAUUGAAGGGAUCGAGGUUCUUGAAGCCUGCACACCAAUUGUUGGAAGAGCUUUGUGUUGUUGGGGUUCGUGGAAUUUAUUCUGAGAAGAUUACUUCUGAUGCAUCAUUGAUGGAACCUGCUACAGAGAGUUUAAGUGCUAGUGGAAUUGUUGUGGAUGAUCCACUUGGGGAUGGGAAUGAGGGUGGGAGGAAGAAGUCCAGGCUAUUAACCAUGCUUGAUGAGGUUUACAGGAGGUACAGGCAUUACUAUCAGCAGAUUCAUGCAGUAGUAACUUCAUUUGAGUGUGUUCCUGGCCUCAGUAAUGCAGCCCCAUAUGCAAGUUUUGCUAUAAAUGUCAUGUCCAAACAUUUCAGAUGCUUGAAGAAUGCAAUUACUGACCAGCUUCAGUUUAUCAAUAAGGCUCAUUUUCAAAUAAGCAACAGGAAAGAUGAAUCUUCAAGGUUUAACAACAGUGAUAGAGGCCCUUACAGCCAAAGACCAGGGUUUCUUGAGCAUCAACAACCUGUUUGGCGACCUCAAAGAGGACUACCUGAGCGUGCUGUGAGUGUUCUCAGGGCAUGGUUGUUUGAACACUUUCUACACCCUUAUCCUACGGAUACGGACAAGCUAAUGUUGGCUAAACAAACUGGUCUAUCGCGCAGCCAGGUGUCUAAUUGGUUUAUUAAUGCAAGAGUAAGGCUUUGGAAACCAAUGGUGGAAGAAAUACAUAUGCUAGAAUCACAGCAAGCUCCGAAAAAAUCACAAAGAGAAGAACAAAGUAGGAACACUUUGAGUGAUCAUUUACCUUUAGAUAACACUCUUGUUACUGAGAAUCCGUCUACCACCACAUAUAAGUUUCAGAAUGUUCCUUAUAAACGUACUAGAAAUGAACUUAGUAGUAUCCCAUUGAGGAGGCAAGAACAACUGAAUCAGACCAACACAAGCAAUGAGCCAGUGGGUGUUGUUGGAGUGAGCAUUGGGAAUAGUGCAAGUAAUGGUGUCUCUCUGACACUUGGUCUUCAUCAAAAUCAUGGGAUUGGGUUAUCUGAGCCCUUUACCAUGAGUGAAGCUCAGCGUUUUGGUCUUGCCCUUGAACCUGAGGGCUAUGUUGCAAGUGGUUUUGAAUCACAAAAUCGACAUUUUGGAAGAGAUGUUAUUGGAGGGCAACUGUUGCAUGACUUUGUAGGCUGA